AGGAUAGAACCAUAUCAACUCUUGCAUACCCUUCCAAACAUGUCUUCCUCAAAGACAUUCAUGACCUCCUCUUUGUAUGUCCUAUCCUUUGCUUUCCUUCUCCAAACUGUCUUUGGAGCUGACCCUCUCUUCCAUUUUUGUUCAAGUUCUGAAAACUUUACCACUAAUAGCCCUUAUGAAACGAACUUGAACAAGCUCUUGGGUGAUCUCUACUUCAAAGCACCUCCUACUGGUUUUGGUGCUGGUUCUGUUGGACAAAACCAAUACAAAGCCAACGGCCUUGCCCUUUGUCGCGGCGAUGUCUCAAACACGGACUGCAAAUCUUGUGUUACAGAGGCAGGUAGCAAAAUUCGCAAACGCUGUCCAUACAACAAAGGAGCUAUCAUAUGGUACGAUUACUGUCUUUUAAAAUACUCAAACACUGACUUCUUUGGCAAAAUUGACAAUCAGAACAAGUUCUACCUGUAUAACGUCAAUAAUGUAAGUGAUCCGGAGUCAUUUAACCAAAAAACAAAGAAGUUGCUGAGCCAGCUAUCCGAGGAAGCUUAUGAUAGUUCGAAAAUGUACGCCACCGGAGAGUCAGAGCUCGGAGAUUUCAAGAAACUAUAUGGGUUGGUUCAGUGCACAAGGGAUCUUUCAAGCACUGAUUGUAAGAAGUGUCUUGAUAGUGCAAUAAGUGAACUUCCAAGUUGCUGUGAUGGGAAAGAAGGAGGGAGGGUUGUUGGUGGGAGUUGUAACUUUAGGUAUGAGAUUUAUCCCUUUGUCAAUGCUUGAAGCAUUCAUAUAGCUAGGAAAUAAUUAAGAGUCCUCUAGGGUUGGGGGUUCAGAAAUACUAUCGAUGAAUAAGUCCUCUAGGGUUGUGUAUAUCAUGUAAACCCUAAUUUUGUUUUUGUUGCAUGUUUUGGUCACCUUCUAUUAAAUUUGUUGAAUAAAAUGCUCCUGUUUGGCA